CAGCAUCGACCAUAUAAAUUCAGCAGUUCCCCCGCCCACAACCAGUCCCAUUUCCUUGUUACCAACAUCUUCAACACAACUCAACCUGCCUCCCCGCUUGCUCAUCGACACAUUUUCGACCUCUCGCAAUCUGUGACCAUCCAAUCGUGUUCAUUCACAAUCAUACAAAAUGGACCACGAACUCGAAAAGGGUCUUCGCCAUGACGAAGAGGCUCCUGAAAUCCGCCGGCUCGACCCUGCUUUCAAGAAGCCGAAAAGCCGGCGUUGCGAAGUCGUGGAAUGUAUUUGUUCUACAUUGUUGCUGCUCGGGAUCGGUAGUCUUGUCACUUACUUUAUCUUGCGGUACAUCUAUGGCGAGAGAGAGGCCCGGCUCCAGGAGGAGUGUGGCCAAGCCCAUGAGCAUCUGCAAGCGCGCUGGGGCGGGUUUGCCGAGCGGCCGAUGGACAACAAGUGCUAUCGGCAAGAACGCACGGCGAUUCUGCUGUCAAUGUUCCUGGGAUUUUUCGGCGUCGACCAGUGGUAUGCGCACCAUUGGGCGCUUGCUAUCUUCAAGAUGUCAUCAGGGUUGACGUUCCUGUUGAUUAGGAACAUUCCGUCCACGGUCCUCGACAGGACGGAUUCUUGUCUUCUUUGGGCUUUCCUCGGCCUUACCUACGGCCUUUUCAUGGUAGCUACGCCAGUCUGGUGGCUGACCGACACCAUUCUAUGGACGGUCGGGGGGUACUAUGGCACCCCUGGUUGCCCUGGCGGUAGCGGAUCGUGGAGAUACUAAGCGGUUCAGUCUUUCGCGCCGUGAUCAAAUGGCAAGAUAGGCAAGGGCACUCUUUAGUAC